AUGUGGCUCAAGUUGGUGAAGCUUCGAGACAAGGCAGAGGAUUUCCACAAGAUGCAAGUAGGUGAUGGAAACAAUACUUCUUUUUGGUUUGACUCCUGGUCUAGUAUGGAAAGGCUAUAUGAUUUGUUUGGCUCACACGGUAGUAUUGAUAUGGGAGUACCAUUGAUUACAACUGUAGAUGGGGCUCUGAGAAACCGAAGGAGGCGAAGGCAUAGGGUUGAUGUGCUUAAUGAAGUAGAAAAAAUUUGUGAGGAUCAGAGGCUGAAGCUCACUGGAGACGCAGAUAUAGCACUUCGGAAACAGAGUGAAGGAAAGUACAAAGCUGUUUUCAAGACAAAACAGACAUGGAAACUCAUUCGAAAAGAGGAUCCUCCGGUUCAUGGUGGAAGAGCAUCUGGAGCUAAUUCAUCAUGUGUUCUCUGUCAGAAUGUGAUGGAAUCAAGAGAUAAUCUCUUCUUUGAGUGUAGUUACUCGGCAGAAGUCUGGUCGAAACUGAUGCAAGGUUUGCUGCAGAACUCGUUCACAACUCUGUGGUUGGAGCUGAUGGUGUUGGUUAUGGAUACUAAUGGAGGAGACUUGAAGUAUAUGGGAGCGUUAACAUUGUGGCUUGCCUUCAAGGUUAACGUUUCCGUAUACUUCAAGUCAUAUUUGGAUUGUAACUAA